CUUUCCACAACAACAAGUUUGCUAUUUGCCGCAGAGCAGAUUACCGCGAAAAGCCGCGCAAACCACACGUUGACGGGAAGAGAUUUUGUGAAAAUCGCAUUGCUAAAUAUAUUCUGAAAAGUACCAUAAAGGAAUUUUUAUCUGCUCUGUUUUUUAAAUUAUUGUUUCUGAAAGAAAAUUUAAUAAAACAUUUCGAGAAAACAUAGUUUUCAUUGAGAAAUUUGUCGAGUGCGUGAAAGGUAACCAAAAUUUUGGAGGAAAAAAAUCGAAUACCAGAAAAAAUAAGUGCAGAAAAACAAAGGAAAAGCAUAAAAUAAACGCUGGUAGCAGGAAGCUAACACAAGUAGCAGAAAUUGUACAGUUUAUUUGCAGAUUUAUUGCUGAUUUUUAUUGAAGAAACAAACAAAAACCACAAACACACACACACAAAAUGUCAGAUCGCAAAGCAGUGAUUAAAAAUGCCGAUAUGAGCGAAGAAAUGCAGCAGGAUGCUGUUGAUUGUGCGACACAGGCAUUGGAAAAGUACAACAUUGAGAAGGAUAUCGCCGCCUACAUUAAGAAGGAAUUCGACAAGAAAUACAAUCCCACAUGGCAUUGUAUUGUGGGCCGAAACUUCGGAUCGUAUGUCACACAUGAGACGCGUCACUUUAUUUACUUCUACUUAGGCCAAGUGGCAAUUUUAUUAUUUAAGAGCGGUUAAACAAUAACAAAAAAAUAACAAACAGCAACAACAACAAAAUACCACUUACACACGUACACAUACAUGGAAAAUUUACAAAAAACAAAAUACAAAAACAAUUGAAUUCAUAGUAGAGAAAGAAAUCAACUAAAUUGGAGGAAAAAAUCCCAAAGCAACAAAAAAUUACAACAACAGUAGUCGCAGUAAUAUUAUCAACAAUAGAAUUGAGAACUGAACAAAGCAGCGCCAGAGGCAUUAAAAAAGCACAGGGAAAUGGCAAUGGCAAAAUAACACGUUCCACAAAUUGGUGUUGAGUGUGGUUUAAUUUCGACUUAAUAGUGUUAAUUAACGGCUAAUUUGAGGCGGUGGAACAGCGAAAGGAGUAUACAAGCUAAGCGAUGGCAAGAAUAAAGCAAUUAACACUUAAAUAAUUAGCGCAAAAUGCUAACCAAUUGGCUUGGUUGAAAAUUUGUUGCCGCCAACCUGAGCUUGGCAUAACAUACAUACCUUCGUACUUGAGAAAAAUUUCACGUUUUGAGAAUUCAAAUUUGCUCGCCCAACACGCAAAUGCGUACAUGUGUUAUGUGGAACUUAAGCUGAAGCGUAACCUACUUAAAUAGUUACUUAAUUUCAACUGUAAGCAGCGCUCAUAUCUAAGCAGUUCGAACUGGCGUAGCGUGAAUUCGGGUUGUGGAGCCGAGCCUUCUUUAAAUGGCUGUGUAGUGGCUUGCUUUUCACUUUCGGCUGUUUUGUGCAUAAAACUGUAGUCUAACGUGGAAAAUUGUGGAGUUGGAUCGGUGAGCCUACUGCUUUUCGUUUUUGGCGUACUUAAAAGUCUACUGGCAAAGUUCAAUUUGGAUUCGCAUGGAUUUGGAUUGUGGAACCUAACCUGAAAGUACUGCUAAAUGCUGCUUUUCCGUUUGGGCGCGUAUUUUAAAUUAGACACUGCAGUCUGGUGAGUAGAAGUAUGAGCUUGGAUUGUGCAAUCUAACUUGAAAGUUCUCCUAAAUGCGGCAUUUACGUUUUCGUGUGGUUAAAUUCAAGCAAGCGCAAUCUUAUCUGGAGUAGCAAAGAUUUGGAAUGUGGAACUUAAUCCGAAAAUUUGUCUAAAUGAUUUCUUUCGUCUGCAGUAUAUUUCAAUUAAUACGCAAGCAGCCGCUAUCCACAUGCUGACGGUUUGGGCUGUGGAAUGUAAGUCGUUUUACAACAUACUACAAGGUUAUUGUUGCCGCUCUUCAUGCCACCAAGCAAUGAGAAACAAGGUUCCCAAUGAAUUUCCACACACAAUCCCAUCUAAAAGCUUUGGAACUCUGGAGUGGCUGUCGAUAGUGCAUGCUAUUUGGCAAGCUCAUUCCAUAUACAUGAGAUCUGCUGCAAGAUUACACCAUUUAGAAAUUCAUCAUUUCAUGGACUUGACAACAAAAACAAAUUCACUACUAUUACGUGCACAACACACAAAACACACCUCACGCCCCAACAUACAAAAACAAACAGAAAAAUGUUGUAAGGGAAAAAUUUCGCAGAUUCAGUAAAAGAUGCAGAAAAUAGUAGAAAAUAGCAAAACAAAACAAAAACAAAAACAAAUCUCAAAUGGAAUGAUGGAAAAUUUAACAUUUUAUGCGUAUUUGUAUUAGUAAUAUCAGCAAGCAACAACAGCAAAUUAUUUAUAUAUAUAUACACAUAUAUAUUUGUUAGUCUAAGUAACAAGCAAAAUGAAAAUCCAUGAAAAAAAAUUGCAAAUUGCGUACACAAAACAAAAACAAAAAGCAAAAGAAAUGCUAAGAAGAAGCAGAGGAGGACGAAGAGUUCGGAACAGUUGCAAAAACCAAAUAAUUCUAUAGAAUUGGACCAAACUUGAAUGGAAGUUGAAAAAUUGUAUGCAAACCAAAAAAAGUUAGAAAAUUAUAAAAGACAUAACUAAAUAUUUCCAUCCACAAUUAUAAUUGAGUAUAAAAAUUGAAGAAAUAUCGAGAGAAAGGUGAAGAGCGCGCGCGUUAAGCAGACCAACAGGCGUAGGAACGAAAUCCAUUAGAAAAUGUUGACAAAUGAGUACGAAGAAACGAACACAAAACAUGAACUCUAGCUUCACACAACCACAAAAAAUUCAUCAUCGUGUUGCUUCAUAAUACAACAAAAACCGACAAACAACAAGCGAGCAAACGAGCACAACACUAUUUAAGACACCUUUUUGUGAACGCAUGUAGUAGCAAUAAUAACAACAGUAACAACAAAUAAGCAAGCAAAUUUGGGUGGAAAAUAUAAAAAAAAAAAAUAGCAGCAGUUUGACGCUGUCGCUGGCAGAAAAGUGAUGCUGCAGCAGUGCAAAAAGUCGAAUAUUGCCAGCAGGCCACAGCGACAGCAGCAUAACAAAACCAGCGCAUACUAGGCUAUAUAUAUUCGAUUUAAUGAUAAUAUUUUCUUCUGUGAAACUUCUCUUUAUGCUGUUGUGUUAAAUAAAUUGUAACUGUUUUUUGAUUUGUAAAAAAAGAAAAAGAAAAAAA